AUGCAAGGCUCCGCCAACCCCAUGCAUAUAUGUAUAUCCGACCACAAUUUGUUCAUCAAGUGUUUCUUAUCAUCACAAGAUGCUCUGCAGGAUGAUUUAACCGUCACACUUUUACAACAAUGCCGCCAGUCCCAAUACACUGUUCAGACAAUAAUCGAGACAGCCGGGGACAAUGAGGCCCUUCUGUUUGAAGCACUGAACGUGAAUGACGAGAUCCAGAAAGUCCUGUCUAAAUACGAGGAAAUGAAGAAGCCCCUCGAUGUCCCACAGGAGCCUGAGCCUGCCAUGAUACCAGUUGCAGUGGAGCCCGAUGAGUCCCCACGGGCCGGGAAAGAAGAAACUCUCGUUAGAAAACCUUUGGGCUCCCGGCCCGGAAGCCAUGGAGGAAAUAGCAACAAUGAUGACAUGUUGGACGAUCUUGAUGAGAUGAUCUUUGGUAAGAAAGCUAGCGGUGGGACCUCCGAGUCGGGAGGUGAAGGGAAGAAAUCUCAGCCAUCGAAAGAUGAUCUCAUCUCGUUUUGA